GGAUCGUUUAGUUGUUUUACUGCUAAGACUCUCUAUCUCACUCUCAACCUCGGUCGGCUGUUUUUUAUCUCAGAAUCAGAGUGAUUUUUUCGUGUAAUUGAAUUUUCCUAAUGAAAUUGUUUUGUUUCUUAUAAGUUUCGGGUGCAGGAGGAGAUCUGUAGAGGUGAAAUACCUGCUGCUUCUUUCAAAUCUAUACUUAAUUUUUCGUAACGAUGAAAUUAAGGAAGUAUUCGUUCUUCUUAUGAUCUAUUAACUGAUUUUGAAUUCAUAGUUGUUUUUUUGUUUGAUGUUACACAUUUUAUAUGACUCAGACCUGGCUAACUAUCAAGUCUCAGAUGGCAGUUAUAUAUUAUUGGCAACCGUGUUUACAAAUGGCCCCGUGUAGAAAAAGAAGAAGAAUUGGUUGCAAGCGCUGUGGAUGCUGCUAAGACUGUUUGGGAAACAGUUCAACGCCCUGCAUCUUCAUAUGGUGUUGCUGCUGUUGGCACCGGUGCCAAUGUAUCUCUUGAACAAGAAACAGAAGAUGAUGACUGCCUUUCUACUACUAGUACUAUAGAAUAUCAUUACUCAGAAGAAGAAAAGUAUUAUUACUCAGAAGGUGAAGAAGAUUCAAGGGAGAAUGCUUGUGAAGAUGAUCAUUACGACGAAGAAGAUUCAAGGGAGAAUGCUUGUGAAGAUGAUCAUUACGAUGAAGAAGAUCCAACCAAGAAUGUGGACAAUAACUUGGAAGUAUUAGAAAUGGAAGUGAACGACCAAGGAACUAUUUUCUCCGAUCCAUCAGAUGUUGAAGAAUUCUCCAUGGAAGAGAUCAAUGAAGCCGUACCAACACCUGAUGAGGAGUGGGACAGUAGCAGCGAUGUUGAAAAGCCAAGCAAGGAGGACUGGAUUGCUUCAUGGAAUAAGGGAGAUCCUCAAAAGCAUUUGACUUGGAUUAAUGUGUAUGCUUAUUAUAGAAAGAAGGGAAAGGGAAAAGGCUGCGGAGGAUAUGGAGUUAUUAUACGAUAUGCAGAUGCGAAGCCAGUCACUGCUACUGCCAAGUAUUCAAAAGUUGUAAUAUCUUUUUUUUCAUCAGUUGUUGAUGGGAAUAAAGGCUGGUGUCGAACUUGCUAAGGGACACAACCUUUCAGGUCGUUAUGUCAUCUGCAAUUCUACUGAUGUUGAAAGGCUCAUUAAGUAUGCAUUGAUAAAUGCAGAACCUCAUAUAGUGAAAACGUUAUUUGCAAGGGGUGUAAGGAUUAUCUUGAUUCUUGUGUGGGUUGUGAUAUGGGGUUGUGGCCUCUUAUCCAGGACCUUAAACACGAAGAAGGACUGGAUUUGGUAAAAUAUCCAAGGACAUCUAAUGAAGCUGCGCAUUUUCUGGCAAAAAUGGCAAAAGCAAAGCAUGGUGGGAAGAAGUUAAAAGGGAUUGCCCGUGAUGAUGAGGAUCUCGGUGAGAUUAAACCAGAUAAAUUUCCACCAAAGCUAAAAGAUGUUCUCUGGAAAGAUUCUAUUGGUGGUAUGACAUGCUACAGGGCGGCAUCUCGCUGAAGAUAUUUAAGAAAUGACAGUAGAAAAGAAGCUUGAAAACUAGUUUCAGUUACUAUCUUUAGCUACUAUCUUCAAAUUUGUAAGACCAUUGCCUGUGAAAACAGUAUGAGAUGCAAUAUAAAAAUGUUACUUCUCUUGAC